GAUUCACUGACUCAGGUGAAGUCAGUGAAUCACUGACUUACAGUAACUCCGCUGACUCGAGUCAGGGAAUUAUUCCGUCAUUCAACGAAUUCAAAUGAAUCAUCUGAGUCCACGGUGUUCCCGGCGAAUCCACGAGGAAAAGUGAAACGAUUCAGCAGAGUCAUCUGAGUCUGCUUUGUUUCUGGCCUCAAAGGAGUGCAUGUCCAACUUGGAGAGUGGCAUGGUCACCAUCAUCAGAGUGUUUCACAAAUAUUCAGGUGACAAGUGCAAGUUAAAGAAAUCAGAGCUCAGAGCGCUCAUCAACAACGAGAUGGGCCAUUUCAUAAAGAAAAUCCAAAGGAAUGAGCUGGAUGACCUCUUUGCUGACAUUGACCAGAAUGGAGACCUCGAGAUUGACUUCAAGGAGUUUAUCGCCCUCAUCGGCAUGGUUACGUCAGCAUGUCAUGAACUCUUCGUCCCGUCUCAUGGUGCCGGAUGCAGGCUCCAGAAGAGACCCAUGGGUUCACAUCCCAAAUACGAACCGCCCACUGAAUGAUCCCUGGCUACUGUUGGAGGCACAAGAAAGCAGAGGGGCAGAAGAAACACAUUUUAGAGUUUGACAGUUAACUCAUCGUUUCAGCUAAAAACUUUAAUCAACCAGAAUGAAUAAUUACUAAAUAACAAUUACAUUCUCCAAACAAUGUAUUCAUCUUAACUUCAUUUUUGUUGCCUUAGUGGUUCUUGUUAUUCAGUAGGCAUUUUGUUUAACUAUCUCAAUGUAUGUCGGUAAUAGGUAUGUUUCACUUGUUAAAAAAUAAAUAAAUACA